UUGAUUCAUCCACCAACGGAUAAAACAGGCACUGCUCUUCAGUGUGCUCGGAAGUCCAGGGUCUUGGGGCCCCAGUCUCGUGAUGUAACGCUGUAUGCACAUAGUCCCCACAAUGGGCGAGAUGUGUUCAAAGACGUCCUAUCAGCUUUCUACGAAUAGCUCAUAAUAUGAAGUCUUAUAGUAGAGGCUGGAGUCAGCUACUGCAGUGUCGGAGAUGGGUAAUCCUGCCCCCGCUUAAAGCGCACAUUCACUUUCCCAAGAUUCACACGCGUUCUCCAGUUACAAAAAAUCCCAAAACGCCCUAUCCACCAAAAUGGGAGUCAUGGCUACCCCCAAAAACGGACAUGCCCUGGUCUUCGGUGCCUCUGGUGUUAACGGAUGGGGUUUUGUGAACGCUCUUGCCUCGGAUUAUCCCAAUCCUAAGGCAUUUGAUCAUAUCACUGCUUUUACGAAUCGUCCUCUCGACCCAGAGAUAUCGCAAUGGCCAGUCACAGAUAAGCUGCAUUUAGUGUCUGGCUUGGAUCUUAUCCAUAGCACCCAAGAGACGCUCGAGCAGCAGUUGAUUGAUCGGGUCUCUCAUCUAAAAGCGGUAACUGUGGUGUAUUUCUGUGCUUAUGCCAUGGAUCCCAAGCCGGAGAAGGAGACCGAGUUGAACAUUGAUAUGCUUAAUAAGACCGUGCUCGCAAUCGAGAAACUGUGCCCGAGCUUCCGGUUUUUGGUCUUGCCAACAGGCAUAAAGGCCUACGGUGUACAUCUGUUUGAGCAAUUCCCCUUCAAGGACAACGUCCCGCUCAAGGAGACCCAUCCUGAAAUUCCGGAGCCAUAUCGCUCGCAAUUAUUCUACACCUAUCAGCACAAGCUCCUUAGAGGGCUAUGCAAAGGCAAGAACUGGACUUACUGCGAUGUAAGACCCGACGUCAUCAUUGGGUUCGUUCCGAACAAUAAUGCAUACAAUAUCGCGCAAUGGAUUGCCCUGUAUCUCAGUUUAUAUCGCAAGAUCCAUGGCGAGGGUGCGGAAGUGGUCUUUCCAGGAACCAAAAGUUGGACAAUCCAGAGUAAUGACAGCAGCCAAGACAUCAUCGCCCGGUUCGCCAUUCAUGCUAGUUUGCACCCGGAAAUAAGCGCGGGACAGAGCUUCAACAUAGCGGACGAGGCUCAGUCGACGAGCUGGUCCGUGAAAUGGCCUAUCAUGUGCCAGUAUUUCGGGCUGAAGGGUGUAGCACCCAUAAACGGACCCGGCCCGGAUCCCACAGCGUUUCUUCAUGAACAUCAGGAUGAAUGGUUGGCGAUGGAGAAGGAGUACAACCUACAGACAGGACAUCUGCUGGGUAAUAACAUAAGCAUCCCAGAUGCCCCUAGCUUCCUCAUGUCCCUAUUUGAAUUCGAUAGACCGCUGGAUCUUACCAAGGCGCAUCAGGCAUGGGGAGAUGCUAAAGAGGAAAGAGAUGUGCGGGAAGUGUGGUGUACCGCAUUCGAUCGAUUCAGGAAGGCCCGAAUCAUUCCAUAGGUGAUAGACUUACUAGAACCCCACUGUCGACCAGUCUGUCGAUACAUUUACUGUGAGAGAUACACAGGGAAAUGUCUUGGGUUGAACGAUUCGUUCACGAAGUUGGCGAAUUCUUCCUUGAAUCAAUCACUAAGCCAAAGUUAUAGGAAUCGGUAUAAAAAUUCCAGGUUUUGCAAGUUGAGUGAAUCAUGAUGUGAGGAUGCCCCUAGGACAU